UUUUUGGCUCUCGAGAGGUUACGGAGAGAUGAACAAUAGAACCAGUUUUGCUAUUCUUUAUCUUGCAUUUUGCCGUUAUGCUGCAAGUGCAAAACUGCGACGGGGUCAAGGGUUCUUGCACUAGUGGGGUGGCGCGCUGGGCGAAGUUCGUUCAUCCCAAACAGCUCACGCAGUCACUGCAAUAUACAUGAACGUCUGGCCAAUAAAGCCCGCAAGGCUUAUUUGUGCUUCUUUUCAAUACCGAACCGUUAAUUGUCUAUUUCGUUUCGUUAAAUAUUAAUAGCCGCUUUUAUUGAUUAUUAGUUCUGUCGCAUCGAAGCAUUAUAAUUCGUUGACGAAGCUGACGACUCUUAUUCUGAGAAAGUUGUAAAAAAAGCUCGACGAAAUACCAAGGCAUUGUCGAAGGAAUAACCGUGGAAUCGCGUCGUCGUGCAAGGGGCGAGAAAGAAAUCUUUAGGCGCGCAGAGCAUCGGUGUGCUGCUGCGCUACGAACACAUACGCAACGAGUGUAGUGAUGGUACGGGCGUAUAUAAAUGCAUCGCGCACGCGCGCACAAACUGCAUCAUCGUAGUUCGGAGAGACAAACAAACACAACGAUAUUCCGUAGCGUUGGCUUUCCUCGGGGGGCGCGCGCAGAUACCAGGAACUCAUGAAGCGCACACAUGUGCGCAUGACUACGUGUAUAUGUAUGUAUGUCGCUGUCCAUGAAACAUCGCAUACGCACACACGCACGUGAGGAUAGUCAGCAGUGGCGACAGUGACAGUGUACACACGACAGCCUCGUAGCACGCGCGCGAUUUACAAGAGAAAGGAACGCAAAAGUCACGCUCUAAAAAAACGUCAAAUAAAACGUUGGCGCGAUAAUGUAGAACGCUCGAAACAAGUAGUCAAGCAUAUAAAGCGCAAUAACCAAGGGUAAUCACGACACAACUACAUCACGACGGGCAAGAAAAGGCACUCGAGGAUGUCGAGGAGUAACUCCUCGUCACCACCGCCCUCGCCCAUCCUCGAUUCGUAUCACCAUCAUUUGCCCUCGACCUCGUCUUCGGCCACGAAGAAGAGCGAUAAGCAGGAGAGAAAACGAGACAAAUGCACGAGCAACCAACUUGCUCGUCGCUCGCACAACGAUGCGGAAUCACCUAGUGCUAUAUCUGGAUCCCCACCAUCUAUCAGUCCAAUAUCUUCAAUUGUUUUACAACGAGAGGGGGUGAUAAGUCAACCACUUAGCACACCAGCCUCACCAUUAUCAUCGGUGUCCUCACCCAUAACUCAAACAUUUAAUUUACUGUCUCUGGAAGACUGUACUCAAGAUCCUAACUGGCAGGCUACAAAGCCCACAAUUAGGGAACGUAAUGCAGCAAUGUUUAAUAAUCCUCUCAUGGCUGAUAUUCAGUUUAUUGUUGGAAGUCCAGGACAUACACAAACUAUACCUGCUCACAAGUAUGUCCUAGCUACAGGCAGUUCUGUGUUUUAUGCCAUGUUUUAUGGAGGUUUAGCAGAAAAUAAGAAAGAAAUAGAGGUACCAGAUGUAGAACCAGCUGCAUUUUUGGCCUUGUUAAGGUACAUGUACUGCGAUGACGUGAAGCUCGAAGCUGACACGGUGCUGGCGACUCUUUACGUAGCGAAGAAAUACAUCGUGCCGCACUUAGCUCGUGCCUGCGUUACUUUUUUAGAGACAAGCCUGAAUGCCAAAAAUGCAUGUCUACUGUUGAGUCAAUCGAGACUGUUCGAAGAACCCGACCUGAUGCAACGCUGCUGGGAAGUUAUUGACGCCCAAGCGGAAAUGGCUCUACGAUCGGAAGGCUUCGUCGAAAUCGACAUCCAUACACUUGAAUCGGUGCUAUCUCGCGAGACUCUCAAUUGCAAAGAGAUUCAUUUGUGGAACGCUGCUCUGCGGUGGGCGCAAGCGGAAUGUCUCCGGCAAGAUCUGGAGCCAAGUCCUUGUAAUCAAAGGAGAUUACUAGGAUCUGCUUUGAAUUUGAUUCGUCUUCCUGCUAUGAGCUUAGAAGAGUUUGCCAACAGUGUGGCUCAAACCGGAAUUCUUACGCAGCCAGAAACUAUCGAUAUUUUUCUUUACUUUGUUGCCAGCACAAAGCCUCAGCUCUGUUUCCCUGUCAAAUCUCGACAAGGGUUAAAGACUCAGGUAUGUCAUAGAUUUCAAUCGUGCGCCUAUCGGUCAAAUCAAUGGCGCUACCGUGGUCGCUGCGACUCCAUCCAGUUCAGUGUGGAUAAGCGAAUCUUCGUUGUAGGAUUUGGUCUUUAUGGCAGUUCGUCCGGCGCGGCUGAUUAUAACGUGCGAAUCGAGCUGAAGAGACUCGGACGAGUAUUGUCUGAGAAUAAUACUAAAUUCUUCUCCGACGGCUCAAGUAAUACGUUUCACGUCUACUUUGAAAAUCCCAUACAGAUCGAACCGGAAAACUUUUAUACCGCAAGCGCGAUUCUCGAUGGAGGUGAAUUGAGCUAUUUUGGUCAAGAAGGCAUGUCCGAGGCCACUGUCGGCAGCGUCACCUUUCAAUUUCAAUGCAGCUCUGAAAGUACCAACGGCACCGGAGUUCAAGGUGGACAGAUACCCGAGCUCAUAUUUUACGGGCCGCCUUCUGAUGAAUGACGCAGCUUCGUCAGCGAACUCGUGGCUUGAGUUCGAUAAUAGUCUCUUCUUUUUUCCACGCGCGUCGAUCAGAAAUUUUUAAAUUCUAUUUUUCAAGUGAUUUAUGCGCGUUGAAGAUACCACAUCGAAUUAUAUCCUGGGCAGGUGAGACAGGUUCAAGUUCAGAUUAUUGUGUCAUUGCCCAAAUCAACAUCUGCACUUUGAUCGAACUCGAGUGACAUUUCCUCAGCAAUCUUAUAGAGCAGGGAUUUUACAUGUUACUUAAGAAUUUCAAUAAUUUUUUAGAUCUUUCGAAAAUUUCACGACGUUGUAAGCGACACAUAUACUAAUGCAAUAAUUACUUGAAUUUCACUGAAUAUUACAAGGCCAUUUAGCCUAUAAUAACAGUUGUUAUUCUACUAGCUGUAAUUUCAACCUACGCGAUGAUCUUAUGAGUUUAUGACGAUACGCAUUCAGAUGUUAUGUUUAUUUGUAUUUUUUUCUCGUAUAUAAAUUACUUUAUAACAAAGUUAUAACGUACGCAAUGCAAUCAAUAAAAUAAAAAUUACUGAUUUAGAUAUUAAAAAACGUUAAAAAUAUAUUACUCAGAAAAUCAAUUUUAUACGUUUAAUUUUAUAAGAUAUUUCUGAGAGUACGACUUACUUUUCAAUUUUUAUAUUAUUUUUUUCUUAGAAAUGUAACAUUUAACUGUUAUAUAUACAACUUGCUGUGCUUUUUUACAUGUAUAUAAUAUUCUAAUAGCAGUUCCAACACUAUGUAAGGCAUGAAGUUAAAUUUUCAUAGGUUCACGUUAGAAUUGUACUUUAAAAUUUAUUAUUAGUAUUACUUGUAUUACUAUCAUAUUACUCUGUACUUAACGAAAAAUCAUAAAAAAAAUAAUUUUUAACUUUAUCAAAUUUUACUGGCCAAUCAGUAAGUAGGGUGAGUCAUCAUUAAUGCGUUAAAUAAGUAUUAUAAACAUUAUCAAAUUCAGGUUUUAUAAUGAGUUAAGCUGUUUAUAAGUUACAAAUUUUCUUUUGUUUAACUUGGACAUGACUUUACUACUUAAAAGUUUUGUGCCAAAAAUGUAAAUGUGAAAACUAAUAGAUCGACGAUUUUUUACGUUAUUAUGUAUUUUUUAUUAUAUAAAUUUGAAUAUAUUUAACCUUUUAUUUGUAAUAGUAUUAUUUUUUAGAUUUUAUUCACAAGCGUAAAAUUUAUUAAUAUUGAUAAUAUUGUAAUCGUUUAUUACUUUGAAAACUGCCUACUUUUGAAAAACUUUCGAUAUUUUUUAGAAAAGAAUAUUUUUUCCGAAAAUUUUGAAAUGAAAAGUUGGAGUAGAGAUCUAUAUACACGUUUAAAAUGUAUAUUAUACAAAAAGUGCUUUUAGAUGUAUAAAAGUUAUCUGCAAGUGCGAAAAGUAUAUCAAGAGCAAUUAUAUUAUUUGAAAAUGCUCAAUAAUGUCUUCAUUUUUUUCACCCAACACUACAAUUACUUAUAAGCAAAAUAAAUAUACUGUAAGUAAUACAUUGAAUGAUUAUUAACUCACCUAUUGGGUCAAUUAACUUACCCAUGGAAGGAAUUUUUAUGUUCAAUGCCUCAAUAAACUUCAAGUAUGUUCUUCCCAAUUCAUGAACACAGAUUUGUAGUACAUCGCUGAUGUCAAUGAGCAUAUCUAUUCAUAGUACGAAAAUAUUUAUUAUCACACAUUAUUGAAGAAUUACUUUCAACAACUAUUGGUAAAAUGUACUUACGAGGCGUUUGUUCGGUCCUACAUGUCAUGUAUACACAAGCAGCAUGAUUGUGAGCUUGUUUACGUCCUCGAGUUAAGUGUAGGUUCAAAGCCAUCUUAUAGAACCCUACUGAGGUUUCAAUAAAUUGUGGU